AUGGGUACAGAAAAGACAACCACUACUUUGGAGGCUAUCAACAAUGAGACUGUUGAUCUGGAAAACAUUCCUAUUAAGGAGGUUUUCGAGAAUCUGAAAUGUACAGAAGAGGGACUCAGCUCCGCGGAGGUUGAGAAACGUUUAAAUGUGUUUGGUCAUAACAAACUCGAAGAGAAAAAGGAGAGUAAAAUACUGAAGUUUUUGGGAUUCAUGUGGAAUCCUCUUUCAUGGGUAAUGGAAGCAGCAGCAAUCAUGGCUCUUUUUCUUCCACAUGGAAAGCACAAGGGAGUUGAUUAUCAAGACUUUGUUGGCAUUGUUGCACUACUUAUCAUAAACUCAACUAUUAGUUUUAUAGAAGAGAAUAACGCUGGAAAUGCGGCUGCUGCUCUUAUGGCUCGGUUAGCUCCAAAAGCGAAGGUUUUACGGGAUGGGAAAUGGAAUGAAGAGGAUGCAGCUGUGUUAGUUCCUGGAGACAUCAUUAGCAUAAAACUCGGGGAUAUAAUUCCAGCUGAUGCACGUCUACUUAACGGUGAUCCAUUGAAAAUUGAUCAGUCUGCUCUUACAGGAGAGUCACUUCCGGUUACCAAAAAUCCCGGUGAUGGUGUAUACUCUGGGUCAACAUGUAAACAAGGUGAAAUAGAAGCUGUUGUUAUUGCUACCGGAGUUCACACUUUCUUUGGAAAAGCUGCUCAUCUAGUGGAAAAUACGACACAUGUUGGACAUUUUCAACAGGUAUUAACUUCUAUUGGUAACUUUUGCAUCUGCUCUAUUGCAACUGGUAUGAUCAUUGAGCUCAUUGUAAUAUUUGGGGGACAACAUCGACAUCCUCGUGAAGCUGUUGAUAGCCUUCUUGUUCUGCUCAUUGGUGGAAUUCCAAUUGCCAUGCCAACAGUUCUAUCCGUAACUAUGGCAAUUGGUUCUCAUCGACUAUCUCAGCAGGGAGCUAUAACAAAGAGAAUGACAGCUAUAGAGGAGAUGGCGGGGAUGGAUGUCUUGUGCAGUGACAAAACUGGCACUCUAACUUUAAACAAAUUAUCAGUCGACAAAAAUCUGAUUGAGGUUUUUGCAAAAGAUGUUGAAAAGGAUAUGGUAGUUUUGAUGGCUGCAAGAGCUUCCAGGAUGGAGAACCAAGAUGCAAUUGAUACCGCGAUAGUGUCCAUGCUUGCUGAUCCUAAGGAGGCCCGAGCUGGUAUCACAGAGGUUCAUUUCCUUCCGUUUAAUCCAACUGAUAAGCGGACAGCUCUUACCUACCUAGACAGCGCCGGUAAAAUGCACAGAGUGAGCAAAGGUGCUCCAGAGCAGAUUUUGAACCUGGCUUGGAACAAAUCAGACAUUAAAAAUAGAGUCCAUUCAGUGAUAGAUAAGUUUGCUGAGCGUGGGCUUCGAUCUCUUGCAGUUGCUCGCCAGGAAGUACCAGAAGGUACAAAGGAUAGUCCUGGUGGCCUUUGGGAAUUUGUUGGUCUUCUUCCUCUAUUCGAUCCACCACGUCAUGACAGUGCUGAAACAAUUAGAAGAGCUCUCGAACUUGGAGUUAGUGUUAAGAUGAUUACAGGUGACCAGUUAGCUAUAGGUAAAGAAACUGGGAGACGUCUUGGGAUGGGAACGAACAUGUAUCCUUCAUCCUUUUUGCUUGGAGAACAAAAGGAUUCGUCAGCUGCAGUCCUUCCAAUUGAAGAACUCAUUGAAAGUGCUGAUGGAUUUGCCGGUGUCUUUCCUGAGCACAAGUACGAAAUCGUGAGAAUCUUACAAAGCAGGAAACACAUUUGUGGAAUGACUGGUGAUGGAGUAAAUGACGCACCUGCAUUGAAGAAAGCCGAUAUAGGAAUUGCUGUAGCAGAUGCAACAGAUGCAGCUCGGGGUGCUUCAGAUAUUGUUCUGACUGAACCAGGACUAAGUGUUAUUAUCCACGCUGUAUUGACAAGCCGUGCCAUUUUCCAGAGGAUGAAAAAUUACACAAUAUAUGCAGUGUCCAUCACAAUCCGUAUUGUGUUAGGAUUCAUGUUGCUGACUGCAUUUUGGAAAUUCAAUUUCCCCCCCUUUAUGGUCCUUGUCAUUGCCAUUCUUAAUGACGGCACAAUCAUGACUAUAUCCAAAGACAGAGUCAAGCCAUCACCACUUCCUGACAGUUGGAAGCUCAGUGAAAUAUUUGCAACAGGAAUUGUGCUAGGCAGUUACCUCGCCUUGAUGACCGCCUUAUUCUUCUAUUUAACUUUUGAGACCAGCUUCUUCGCGGAUAAGGUCGUCACUGAUUCUCUAAAUGCAAAACUAGCUUCAGCUGUAUAUCUCCAAGUUAGCACCAUCAGUCAAGCAUUGAUCUUUGUUACACGGUCCCGAGGAUGGUCGUUCAUGGAAAGACCUGGCCUACUCCUUGUUGCUGCCUUUAUUGUUGCUCAGUUGGUUGCAACUUUUAUGUCUGCUAUGGUUACAUCAGUUAAAUUUGCUGGUAUUGAGAAGAUCGGAUGGAGAUGGACCGGUGUGAUUUGGUUGUUUAAUAUUAUUACAUAUUUUCUCCUGGAUCCCAUUAAAUUUGCUGUUCGAUAUGCUCUCAGUGGUAGAGCGUGGGGCUUACUAUUGAACCAAAAGACGGCUUUCACCAACAGAAAGGACUUUGGUAAGGAAGCUCGCGAAGCAGCAUGGGCUGCUGAACAGAGGACAAUUCAUGGCCUUCAAUCAGUAGAAACCAAAACAUUUCCAGAGAAUUACACAUUCAGGGAGAUCAGUGUAAUGGCUGAGGAAGCAAAAAGGCGCGCAGAUAUUGCAAGGUUGAGGGAACUUCACACACUUAAAGGGAAAGUAGAGUCAUUUGCAAAGCUUAGAGGAUUAGAUGUUGAUCAUGUCAAUCCACAUUACACCGUGUAAUGAGAGGACUCAUUUGUGGAGUUUUUCGCCUUAUUUUCGUUUGCAGUUUUAGUUUUUAUCAUUUGCUCAAUUUGUCAAAUAAACAAAGCUUUUUUCAAACUACAUUGUUGUAUGCUGCAGCAAAGUGCAAGUUUGAGUUAGUCCCUUUAUUAAUUCUUUUGAGAGUCUAUAGAAGUUGUGACAAGAAGAAUGAAGCACUAAAAUUAAAGAGAUUCAGUUUCUAUGCUAUAGAUGUAAUUGAAGAUUGAUGGAAUAGAAUAUUGAAUUUAAAUAC